AUGGCAAGUGAAGCCCCAACCUGGGCAGAUCAAUGGGGUGAAGGAGGCAUUGGUUCCAUGGAAGAAGACAAUUACACGACCAAACAAGAUGCCAGCAACAAGAAGAAGUCAGACGGAAAAGGAGGAUUAAACAAAGCCAAAGCAGCUGCCAUGUCUGGGGCUCAAAAGCUCAAGAGUGGAGCAUCCAACAGCUUCAAAUGGGUCAAAAGUAAAUGCCAGAAAAAAUAA